AUGGCUCCGAUCGUGUUCAACAGGCCUAUAUCGCCGACUCCUGACUCGGUAAUGGGAGAGGUGGUUGACAACAUCUGCCAACAAUGGGACAUUGACGAUGCGUGGCAAGCACUUCCCAAUGGUCUGAGCUACAAUCAUGCUGAGUACGCCAUGGCAUGGGGCCAACCAUUCUUGAUUCUUCUUUCAGCCCUGGCAAGCCUUACACCGGGAAAGCUCGAAGAAGUACAAAAACGUCUUCGUAAGCGGAUCGAUCACGGUCGAAAGACGAAAGGCCGCCACUCGUGGGUGAUGCCAGAUGAUCUCAAGACGCUGGUUGAACUGUAUAGGCGCAAACAACCCACAGCUGAUAGAUCCGCCAACAAGGGACAGAAAAGUGACUUUCGACAUAGAGUAGGAAAAGAAGAGGAGCAGUCAGAAGGAGAAUUAGCAGACGAUGAGCAUGAAAUUCGGGAGCAGUAUAUGUCGGACAGCACUUUACAGACCAGUGACGCCAUUGGAGGAAUUGCAGCGUCGAAUGAUGAUCAGGAUGGAGAGUAUAAUCUCCCGUCUUGUAACAGUUCGUCUGGCACUGCAACUUCCACUACACUUGCCCAUAGUGAGAAGCGCAAGCGAGGUCCGGACUUGAACGAGCAAGACAUCGGCAAGGCACUGCAAGUACGAGACGAUAUCGAAUUCUGGCGGGAAGCUGUCCCAGUAGCUCCAGCUCCACGAACACAACCACCUGUCACUUCAGUAUCAGACAGCCUGAGGACCGUGGACAUGGAACAAAGAUUUGAGAUUCCGCCAGAGUUCACACCGGAACAAAAGAUCGAGCUAUUGCAUAUCUUGAGGCGACGUAAUCGAAGUCUCGUGAAGGUUGCAGAGCUUGACUUUCGAAUCCGAUUAGAAGAGAUGAGGCUUUCACAAUAG